GGGAAAUUUAAGAUGGACGCUUUCAUUUGAGCGCCUCCCAUGCCUGCUGGUCGUUGACACCCGGUUGCCUCCUGUUCUUCCUCCGGCGUAAGGGCGGGAGAGGGGAUGAAAAGCCGUGGCAGCCCAAGAGUCAUCGUGACCGACUUGCAGCCGCCGUCGUCUUCGGGCCUCCUCGGCCCUUGCGCCUCCGGAGAGCAGCCGGGGCUCGCCGCGCCUGACGCGUCCCGAGUUACACAGAAAUAAUGUUGAUAUUUGGAACCCAUGUCGAACUUCUCUGAAGAAAGGGCAACAAUGAUUGCAGCCGGGGAUUUGCAGGAAUUUGUUCCUUUUGGUCGAGACCACUGCAAGAACCACCCUAAUGCUUUGAACCUUCAGCUUCGCCAGCUGCAGCCUGCCUCUGAAUUAUGGUCUUCCGAUGGUGCUGCUGGCUUGGUGGGAUCCCUUCAGGAAGUUACAAUUCACGAGAAACAGAAGGAAAGCUGGCAGUUAAGGAAAGGUGUGAGUGAGAUUGGAGAAGAAGCCGACUACGAUGAAGAGCUCUAUGUGGCCGGGAAUAUGGUGAUCUGGAGCAAAGGAAGUAAAAGCCAGGCCUUGGCAGUAUAUAAAGCAUUCACAGUUGACACUGCUGUUCAACAGGCACUGUGGUGUGACUUCAUUAUAUCACAGGAUAAGUCUGAAAGAACCUAUGGUAGCCAUGAAGUAGAGAAAUGCAUAUGCAUCUUACAAAGCUCGUGUAUUAACAUGCAUAGUAUAGAUGGAAAGGAUUAUAUAGCAUCCUUACCAUUUCAGGUUGCGAAUGUUUGGGCCACUAAAUAUGGUUUGCUUUUUGAGCGAAGCAGUUCUUCACAUGAAGUACCUCCAGGUCUACCUAGAGAACCUUUGCCCACUAUGUUCAGCAUGCUGCACCCACUAGAUGAAAUAACUCCACUUGUUUAUAAAUCUGCAAGUCUUUUUGGUUCAUCACGGGUGCAGUAUGUGGUAGAUCCUGCAAUGAAAAUUGUGUUCCUCCACAUCAACCCCUCCAUUGUGAUGACCUAUGAUGCUAUUCAGAAUGUGCAUUCUGUGUGGACUCUCCGGAGAGUCAAACCAGAGGAAGAGAAUGCUGUUUUAAAGUUCUCUGAACAGGCAGGGACUCCACAGAAUGCAGCCACUAGCAGCUCCCUCACAGCACAUCUCAGAAGUCUCUCCAAAGGCGAUUCCCCUGUGGCUUCCCCUUUCCAGAAUUACUCCUCCAUCCACAGCCAGAGCCGCUCAACCUCGUCACCCAGUCUGCACUCUCGGUCACCUUCUAUCUCCAACAUGGCAGCUCUAAGUCGUGCUCAUUCUCCUGCCUUAGGCGUGCACUCUUUUUCAGGGGUGCAAAGAUUCAACCUUUCCAGCCAUAAUCAAUCUCCAAAGAGACACAGUAUAUCUCAUUCUCCAAGUAGCAAUUCAAAUGGCUCAUUUCUGGCACCAGAAACAGAGCCAAUUGUUCCUGAACUGUGCAUCGAUCAUUUAUGGACAGAAACCAUUCCCAAUAUAAGAGAGAAAAGUUCACAAGCCUCAAAGGUAUUUAUUACAUCUGACCUAUGUGGACAAAAAUUCUUGUGCUUUUUAGUGGAGUCCCAGCUCCAGUUACGCUGUGUAAAGUUUCAAGAGAGUAAUGAUAAGACCCAGCUCAUCUUUGGCUCUGUCACCAACAUACAUGCAAAGGAUGCAGCACCAGUGGAGAAGAUAGAUACCAUGUUGGUUCUGGAAGGCAAUGGGAACCUGGUGCUGUACACGGGAGUGGUUCGGGUAGGAAAGGUUUUCAUUCCUGGACUUCCAGCUCCUUCUCUGACUAUGUCCAGCAGCAUGCCUCGGCCUAGUACACCACUUGAUGGUGUUAGUACUCCCAAGCCACUCAGUAAACUACUUGGAUCAAUGGAUGAGGCGGUUCUGUUGUCCCCUGUUCCAGAACUGAGGGAUUCUUCAAAACUUCAUGAUUCUCUCUACAAUGAGGAUUGUACUUUCCAACAGCUUGGAACUUACAUUCAUUCUGUUAGAGAUCCUGUUCAUAACAGAGUUACUCUAGAACUGAGUAAUGGCUCCAUGGUCAGGAUCACAAUUCCUGAAAUUGCCACCUCUGAAUUAGUACAAACAUGUCUGCAAGCAAUUAAGUUUAUCCUGCCAAAAGAAAUAGCUGUUCAGAUGCUUGUCAAGUGGUACAAUGUCCACAGUGCUCCAGGGGGACCCAGUUAUCAUUCAGAGUGGAAUUUAUUUGUCAUCUGUCUCCUGAACAUGAUGGGUUAUAACACAGACCGUUUAGCAUGGACACGAAAUUUUGACUUUGAAGGAUCACUUUCCCCUGUCAUUGCACCCAAAAAAGCAAGGCCUUCUGAGACUGGAUCCGAUGAUGACUGGGAAUACUUACUGAAUUCAGAUUACCACAAGAAUGUGCAGUCUCAUCUUCUGAACCGAUCUUUAUGUUUGAGUUCUUUGGAAGUUUCAAAGAAGAAGGAUGAAGAUUUUUCACAGAGCUUCAGUCUGGAUUCUUCUACUCUUCUCUUUACUCAUAUACCUGCGAUAUUUUUUGUUCUUCACCUUGUCUAUGAAGAGCUUAAGUUGAAUACUCUAAUGGGAGAAGGAAUUUCUUCCCUUGUUGACCUCCUUGUUCAGUUGGCAAGGGACUUAAGAUUGGGACCUUAUAUGGAUUAUUACUAUAGAGACUACCCAUCUCUUGUUAGAACUACUGGACAAGUGUAUACAGUUGACCAAGGUCAAAUGGGAUUUAUGCAUCAUCCAUCCUUUUUUACUUCUGAGCCUCCAAGUAUUUAUCAGUGGGUGAGCUCUUGUUUGAAGGGGGAAGGAAUGCCGCCCUAUCCGUACCUUCCUGGGAUUUGCCAAAGAAGCAGACUGGUUGUCUUGAGUGUUGCACUGUACAUCCUUGGUGAUGAGAGCUGUGUUUCUGAUGAAGCCUCCCAGUAUUUAUGCAAAAUAACCCUAACAUCCCAAAAGUCACAAGCAGAACAAGAAGAAAAUAGGUUUAGUUUCCGGCAUUCUUCAGUUUCUAGCCUAGCUGAAAGAUUAGUUGUCUGGAUGACCAGUGUAGGAUUCACUUUAAGAGAUUUGGAGACUCUUCCCUUUGGAAUUGCUCUUCCCAUCAGAGAUGCAAUAUAUCACUGCCGUGAGCAGCCCGCUUCAGAUUGGCCAGAAGCUGUCUGUCUCUUGAUUGGACGUCAGGAUCUUUCCAAGCAGGCUUGUGAAGGAAAUUUACCCAGAGGGAAAUCUGUACUCUCAUCAGAUGUUCCUUCAGGAACGGAGGCUGAGGAGGAAGAUGAUGGCAUGAAUGACUUGAAUCAUGAGGUUAUGUCAUUAAUAUGGAGUGAAGAUUUAAGGGUACAGGAUGUGCGAAGGCUGCUUCAAAGUGCACACCCUGUCCGUGUCAAUGUGGUGCAGUACCCAGAACUCAGUGACCACGAGUUCAUUGAAGAGAAAGAAAACAGAUUACUUCAGUUGUGUCAGCGAACUAUGGCUCUUCCAGUAGGACGAGGAAUGUUUACCUUAUUUUCAUACCAUCCUGUUCCAACGGAACCAUUGCCUAUUCCUAAAUUGAAUCUGACAGGGCGAGCCCCCCCUCGGAAUACAACAGUAGAUCUUAAUAGUGGGAACAUUGAUGUGCCGCCCAACAUGACUAGCUGGGCCAGCUUUCAUAAUGGUGUAGCUGCUGGCCUGAAGAUAGCCCCUGCCUCCCAGAUCGACUCAGCUUGGAUUGUUUAUAACAAGCCUAAACAUGCCGAAUUAGCCAAUGAGUAUGCUGGCUUUCUCAUGGCCCUGGGUCUGAAUGGGCACCUUACCAAGCUGGCUACUCUUAAUAUCCAUGACUACUUGACCAAGGGCCACGAAAUGACAAGCAUUGGGUUGCUACUUGGUGUUUCGGCUGCGAAACUUGGCACCAUGGAUAUGUCAAUUACUCGGCUUCUUAGUAUUCACAUUCCUGCUCUCUUACCACCAACAUCCACAGAACUUGAUGUUCCUCACAAUGUCCAAGUGGCUGCGGUGGUUGGCAUUGGCCUUGUGUAUCAGGGCACUGCUCACAGACAUACUGCAGAAGUCCUGUUGGCUGAAAUAGGGCGGCCCCCUGGUCCUGAAAUGGAAUACUGCACUGACAGAGAGUCAUACUCUUUAGCUGCUGGCCUGGCCCUGGGCAUGGUUUGCUUGGGGCAUGGCAGUAAUUUGAUAGGUAUGUCUGAUCUCAACGUGCCCGAGCAGCUGUAUCAGUACAUGGUUGGAGGUCACAGGCGCUUUCAAACUGGAAUGCACAGGGAGAAACAUAAAUCUCCAAGUUAUCAAAUCAAAGAAGGAGACACCAUAAACGUGGAUGUGACUUGUCCAGGUGCCACUCUAGCUUUGGCUAUGAUCUAUUUAAAAACCAAUAACAGAUCCAUUGCUGAUUGGCUGCAAGCUCCUGACACCAUGUAUUUGCUGGACUUUGUGAAACCAGAAUUUCUCCUGCUUAGAACACUUGCUCGAUGCCUGAUUUUGUGGGAUGAUAUUUUACCAAAUUCCAAGUGGGUUGACAGCAAUGUUCCUCAGCUGGUUCAGAAAAUUUAUCAGCAUUUAAUUGUUUGCAUAAAUUUGCAAAGGAUUUUAUGACUUACUUGUCUGCACCUAAUGCUUCUGUAACAGGACCUUACAACCUAGAAACUUGCCUGAGUGUGGUGCUACUGUCUCUUUCCAUGGUAAUGGCUGGCUCUGGGAACCUAAAGGUUUUACAGCUUUGUCGCUACUUGCAUAUGAAGACAGGUGGUGAAAUGAACUAUGGCUUUCACUUAGCCCACCACAUGGCCCUUGGACUUCUCUUUUUGGGAGGAGGAAGAGCACUCAGUGGUAUGAACAAACCAAAGAAGAAUUGAUGGCUCCAACUCUUCUUCCAGAACUUCACCUUUUAAAGCAGAUUAAAGUUAAAGGUCCAAGAUACUGGGAGCUGCUCAUAGAUUUAAGCAAGGGAGUGCAGCACUUGAAGUCCAUUCUUUCCAAGGAUGGAGUUUUAUAUGUAAAGCUCAGAGCAGGCCAGCUCUCCUACAAAGAAGAUCCAAUGGGGUGGCAAAGUUUGUUGGCGCAGACUGUUGCUAACAGAAACUCUGAAGCCCGGGCUUUUAAGCCAGAAACAAUUUCAGCAUUCACUUCUGAUCCAGCACUUCUAUCAUUUGCUGAAUAUUUCUGCAAACCAACUGUGAACAUGGGUCAGAAACAGGAAAUUCUGGAUCUGUUUUCUUCAGUACUCUAUGAAUGUGUUACUCAGGAGACACCAGAGAUGUUGCCUGCAUACAUAGCAAUGGAUCAGACUCUAAGAAGACUUGGAAAGAGAGAAAUGCCUGAUACAUCUGAUCUUUGGCAGAUAAAGUUGAUAAUUAGAGUUUUUCAGCUCAUGAAGUCACCAGGAGAGGCUGCAGAACCAUCCUAAGCGGGGGCUCUUUAUGAACUCUGAGUUCCUUCCUGUAGUAAAGUGCACUAUUGAUAGCACCCUGGAUCAAUGGCUUCAAG